UAUGAACCGGCAUUUGCGCGCCCUCCAGCCCUCCUGUCACACCUUAGCGAGGAACUGAAGACCCGAUUCCGACGCGCCUAUACGGAGGAGGCGUACUGGAGGACGCGAUACAAGGAGGCCGACACGGUCACGGCGGGCUGGACUCCAGGCCGGCGCUACUACAAGUCAGACGACGGUCUACUGUUCUUCUUAGAUGCGGACUACUUGCCGCGACUAUGCGUUCCCGACCGGCUCAUAGGUGAUAUCCUCAUCAGCGCACACGAAGAGCCUAUGGAAGGGGGACAUACCGGC